UUUUGUUUAUUGUUAUACAUAUUUCUUUUUUCUGGUUUAUAGAACUUUCAAAUAGUUUCAGUAUGAAUGGGUCUAUGUCAAAAGUGACAUAUUCCCUUGACAGGAAGUGAAAAAACCGAAAUGCGCAUCUUUCAAAAAUCUUUUGUUAGAUUGUUAUCCAGAAAUAGCAAAUAUAAAAUAAAAUUUUUCAGAUAGGGUUAUUGUCAACUUUUUUUCAAAGAAAUAUUUAUAUACCUUUUAAGAGUAUGAAUAUAUAGCAGUAAAACAGCCAAAUGUAUAUCCAACCUUACUCUGUAUUAUAACUGGUAAAGGACCAUUAAAAGAAGAAUAUGAAAUGCAAAUAUCUACGCUCAAAUGGGUUAAAGUGUCAAUAAUAACACCUUGGCUGGAACCUGAAGACUAUCCUACAAUUAUAGCAGCAGCGGAUCUAGGAGUGUGCCUACAUUGGAGCUCCAGUGGGCUUGAUUUACCGAUGAAAGUAGUUGACAUGUUUGGUUGCUGUUUACCUGUUUGUGCGUAUAAUUUUAGAUGCUUAAAUGAACUUGUGAUACAUGGAAAAAAUGGAUUUAUUUUCGAAAAUUACAAAGAAUUGGCUGAACAAUUAAAACUUUGGUUCAAAGAUUUUCCAAAUAAUCCCAAUAUAAUAGAAACUGAUAUUCAUUUUCGUUCAAAUUUGAAAACCUUUCAAUCCUUGCGGUGGCAUGAAAAUUGGUCAGCAUUGGCGUUACCAGUUUUUAAUUCCUUUAUUUGAAUGUAUAAAAACAAAAUACUGUGUAUUGUUGUGUAGAGUGCUUCAAAUUAAAUAAAAAUAUUGUCCCAAUUUUUUAAACUUAAUUAAAAAAAACUGAAAUAAAUAUUUAUUGUAAAUUUUAACCAUCAUUACAUAAAUGUCUCAAAAAAGUCUCUAUGUGAACGAUGUAGCUUACUCAAAAUCUUAAAGUUGCCCACUGGUAGAUUACAGUUGACGGCAGCACUGUUGCAUUUGGAGAAACUGCGCAGGAAAUUGGAUUAUUUGUGUAUUAAAUAUUUUUGUAUUUUUUUUUAGAAAUUAAAUUAUUUUUUAACAAGGGUUUUUCAAGGUCUUAAAAAAUUUUGUUACCAAGGUUCUUUUAGACAUUAAAAUAUAAUAACAGGGAUUUAUUUUAAAACAAAAGGAUCAUUACA